CAGGUUUCGCAUAAAUUGACGAAACUAUUUAAGGUUUCGUACGUCAUUACAGAACGAUUUAGAGUUUAAUAGGUUUUAGUCAAACCAUUUUAGGUUUCGUAGACCAAAAGGUUUCUACAUUUGAAACAAAUUCGAAAUCUCAAGCAGAAAAAGGUUUUGUUAGGAACCAUUUUUUUUAGAGAGUACGAUCAAUCACUAUUUAAAUAUACUCGUUCUUUACACUAAAUCAUACAAACGUUUCUGAAAUAUUUUAGACCAAUAAUUCCAAACUCAUUGGGACGUGAUGUUGGAUUUCGUUUUGGUGAUUAUGUUGAAAGUCAAGCAGAAGUAUCAGUCACAUCACCAAUUUCUUUGUCAAUGAAUAUCUCAUUUACAUUUCGUACACGUUAUACACGAGGUCUUUUAUUUUAUUCUGGCAAUAAUGGUAUGACUUAUGCACGAGAUUCUACAAAUGGUGAAUUUAUUGCUGCUUGGUUAAACAAAGGACGUUUACAGUUUGCAUUUGAUUGCGGUUCGGGUAAAGCUGAAAUUGAAAGUAUGGGUCGUUUGAAUGACGAUCGUUGGCAUCGAGUAGAUAUAAUCAGAGAGAAAAAUAAUGGCACAUUAUACAUUGAUAAUAUUUUGGAAGGUUCUAUAAUUCCACCAGGUACAAAAGAUUCAUUGAAUACGGAUGGAAUAUUUCAUUUUGGAAAUAUUCCUUCUACAGAAGAAUUUCUGAGUCAAAGACGAAGACAAUUACAUCAUUUUAAACACCAAAAAGGCAAUCAUCAUUUACAAUUCAUUGGUUGUUUGAGUGCAAUUCAAAUAGCAAAUCAAGACGUAAUCUUUCAAACAAAUAAAAAUAACGGAAUUAGUAAAUGUCAUGAAAAUGAAGAAUCUGGAAUAUUUAUACAUGAUGAGAAACCGAUUAUCUUAGAACAAUCUUUUCAUCUUGGACAAAAAUUUAAUUUAAGUCUUCAUUUUAAAUCUCGUGUAAAAAGUGGUUUACUAUUAGCUGUUACAAGUCAAAGUAAUGGUGAUAAUGACCAGGAUGAUAAUGCUAACGAACCAGCAUUUUUUGUCGUCUAUUUGGAUAAAGGCAAUGUAGUUGUUACAAUUCAAAAUAAUAUUGAAGAAUUACAUGUUGUACAUAGUCCAAUUGUUUUCGAUAAUGAAUUAUGCGAUGGUCAAUGGCAUUUUCUAGAUGUUAUCAAAGACUACUCAUUUGUACGAUUACAAGUUGAUGAUAAACCGGUAGUAGAAGAAACAUCUCUAAAUGAACUUGAUCUGAAUACAAAUGGUCCAUUAUUUAUCGGUCGUGUGCCUGAAAAUCUUUUGCCAUCUAUAGUGCAAGAUGUCCCACCUUAUGUUGGAUGUAUGACAAAUUUGAAAUUGAUUACAUCGGAACAACAUGCUCAACCAUUGCAUUCAUUACCUGAUGUUGAUCAUGCUUGUCCUACAAAUUAA